CUAAACGCUAUAACACCUCGGAGAGUGAAGUGCUUUCUAACGCAUUUUCUCUUUUUAUUUAUCUUAAUAAUUUUCUUAUUUUAUUUCUAUUCAAGUUCUACAGUUUUCGAGACUACUACGCAAUACUUUGACCUGAAUGUAAAGAAUCCAUAUCUUGAAGAUACAGUUGGCAACAUUUGGCAUACAAAAAAUGUCCACAUGCAUGGAAAAUCGGCAAGAUACUUCUAAUGGAAUCAUAGUAUAGCUGCCAAUUCCCCAUACGCUCUGCCUGAAUAAUGUGCAAUUUAAUAGCUACGAGAUCAAAUUAAACGGAAAAAGUGGAUCGUUGGAAGAAUUCUCUGAACCAGUAGCUCCAACUACCUUAAAUUGAAGCGCAGCUUUUCAUCUGUGAAUUUGGUUCAAAUGACUAUUUUGCGUUUUGGGAGUGCUCGCUGCAGAUAGAAUGAGGUGAUACAGGUAGAUACUCUUACAUUAUUUUCAUUGGAAAAUUAUGCCUUCGAGUGACUCAGCUGGACGACCUCGGGUAGACAGGUCAACAAGCCCUCUCCCUCAAAAACCUGUGAAUCCGGUACAAGAGCUUAAAGCUCUUUUUUCAGAACCAGCUUUGAUGGUAUCCACUACUAGCAAAGAGCCCGAUUUCAAUUUAGAGGCAAUCCAGUGCCUUCAACCUAACGUUGAAAACAAUCUGGACGACCUAGCAGAACGAGGAUCAUGGGACAGCAAGGUCGAGUUCAUUUUGUCAGUCGUAGGGCUGGCAAUAGGAUUAGGAAAUUUGUGGCGGUUUCCAUACCUUUGCUAUAAAAACGGCGGAGGGGCAUUUAUGGUUCCUUAUUUCAUAGCACUAUCAUUAGCCGGAGUUCCUAUGUUUUUGAUGGAACUUUCCUUAGGUCAAAUGAUGACUAUAGGAGGUCUUGGGGUCUUCAAAAUAGCUCCAAUUUUUAAAGGAAUUGGUUAUGCAACAUGUGUCCUUUCUUGCUGGACGAACAUAUACUACAUUAUAAUUCUAGCGUGGGCUCUCUUUUACUUCUUGGUAUCGCUUCGCGCCGAUGUUCCAUGGAGAACUUGUGACAAUACGUGGAACACGCGAUAUUGCAUAACACCAACAGAACGAUUAAAAACCCGCUGUUGGAUCGAAAGUACAGACACGAUAUGUGCUACGCGUAUUGGAAAUAUGAGCCAUACUCUUUUAAAAGAUCCUGUGAAAGAAUUUUGGGAUAAAGAGUACUUGAAGAAUUGUGAACAAAAACAACAUUUUUACACCAUUGUUUUUUUUAUGCAGGUGGUUUAUUUCACAGCAUUGUUCCCAUACGCCCUUCUUGUAGUUCUUCUUGUAAGAGGAUUAACUUUACCUGGAGCUAUGGAAGGAUUGAGGUAUUACGCGACACCAAAUCUCUCGAAACUCGGCGACCCCGAGGUUUGGAUAGAUGCAGUUACUCAAAUAUUUUUCUCCUAUGCUCUUGGCCUAGGAGCUCUCGUGGCUUUGGGUAGUUACAACAAAUUCAACAACAAUGUUUACAAGGAUGCAUUAAUUGUCUGCUGUGUGAAUUCCGGAACAAGUAUGCUCAGCGGUAUUGUAAUUUUUUCUGUGGUUGGGUUCAUGGCUCACGAGCAACAAAAACCCGUAGCAGAUGUCGCAGCUUCUGGUCCUGGAUUGGCAUUCCUGGUCUAUCCAUCUGCAGUUUUACAAUUACCGGGAGCAUCAAUAUGGUCGUGUUUGUUUUUCUUUAUGCUUCUUUUAAUUGGUCUGGAUAGUCAGUUCUGUACUGUGGAAGGCUUCAUAACAGCAACAGUUGAUGAGUGGCCACGUCUUCUCAGGAAAAGGAAAGAAAUUUUUAUCGCCAUCGUUUGUUUCCUUUCUUACUUGAUUGGCCUCUUGUGUGUUACUGAUGGAGGCAUGUAUGUUUUUCAGCUUCUGGAUUCUUAUGCGGUGAGCGGAUUUUGUCUGCUCUUUCUUAUGUUUUUUGAAUGUAUAGCAGUAUCAUGGGCUUUCGGCGUUAACCGAUUUUAUGAUGGUCUCCGUGACAUGAUUGGCUAUUAUCCAUGUUUCUGGUGGAAAUUUUGUUGGACUAUUACGACACCGGCUAUCUGCAUAGGCGUUUUCACAUUCAACAUCAUCAAGUUCUCACCAGUCAAAUAUCUUAGUUACGAGUAUCCAUGGUGGAGUCACCUUUUGGGAUGGUUUUCUGGUCUUUCGUCGAUGAUGUGUAUUCCUGGGUAUAUGAUUUACAUCUGGUGCGUUACUCCCGGUACAAAGUCAGAGAAAUACCGUAAAUUAAUUAGGAUAGACGAUGACAUUGCAACUUUGCGAAUUAAAUUGAAUCCAACUAAAGCUGCCGAAAUCCAGUCAGAAUUCAAUUAAUAGCUAAUGCUAUUUAUUAUGUAAUUUUAAUGAUAAUGCCAAAUAUUUGUAGAAAUACUUAAAGACUCUGUAUGUCGUAUCAGUAGAAAAAUGCAACUUUUGCCACUGUUGUUGAAAGUAAUAUUUUGUUUAAUACAUGCUGAGGAAGUACGAUUGUU